CAAAAACGAUACCACUCCCGCAAUGAUGGUGAUGAUGAUGAUGGAAGGGUAGGGGCGUCGCGCAGGAGUGAUGCCACCUUCACCUCCGGAGGACAUAUCUUAAUCGGCGGCCUGGUCGUGGCAGGGACGUGCAGGAGAAGACACAGGACUGGAGACGGUCCCAGCAGACACGUGUUACCGCAUGCACGAUGCUUCUCUGCCAUUACCUUCAGGAGAAGACAGACUGGAGCGGUGCCUCCAGAUACCCCAGACUCGCCGGGCAUCACGAGGGAGCAAUACCGCAGGCUAGUCGACUUCUACCAUGUUUCUAGCGACAAGCUCGAUCAGGAAGAGAAGAUACAUGCGCCCUUGGCUUCUCGCUUCUUCAUUAUUGCAGAGCAAGAAAAGGCAGAAGAGCAGCAAAACCGACUAACACCUCCGUCUUCUAAAAGAACCGUUCUGCCCCCCAGGAAGGGAGGACAAGCGGCGAUUGUAAAGGAACUCCGACACCUCAUCAAGGUCUCUGCCCUGGGUAGGGUCUCGCUCGAUCAGUUGUGGGACCUGUAUGGACGCCUUUUCGCUCCACGUCCUCGAUUUCUUUCCGACGCCGAUCUCCGCCGACUUUUGCUCCAUCUGGGCUUUGUGGAGCAUUGGUAUGAACCAAAUGCGAUGAUACGCUACUUUCAACUUCUGAACGACUGCAUCGCGCAACGAGUGCCCAUAGAUGAUCACAUCUGGACUACAGCCGUUUCGUUUGCGGGACGAUGGACGAAGCAUGUGACUGAUGCCGAGGUCAAAGGCGCAAUUGAGACAUGGACGCGGAUGGAAGAGGCAGGGCAUAGCGCAGAUCAUGUCACACUGAACGUACUGUUCGAUGUUGCUGUCAAGGCGGGCCGAUUUGCGCUUGCAGACACCCUCUACAAGGAGAUCCGGACGAGAAAGAUGCCACUGGAUCGCUACUUCCGCGGCAGCCUCAUCUACUAUGCUGGCAUGAAAAGAAACGGCGACGAUGUGAGACGAGCAUUCCGGGAGUUUGUCGCAGCGGGAGAGAUUGUGGACACCGGCGUCAUGAACGCUGUCAUCCUCUCCCUUCUUCGAGCUGGUGAGGUCGCUGCAGCGGAGCAAGUGCUUCUCCGGAUGAAGCGCUUGGCCGCGGAGAAGAUCAGUGUCCCGAGCCCAGUGGACUGGCAAGACCGCAAACAGCUUCAAGCGGAGCUGAACGCGGCUGCACAGCGCCUGCGAGCGGAGAAGGAAGGACACGAGUCAUCCUUCUUUGGCGCGUCGUUUUCGUCGGAAGAAAGGCUCGAGCAAAUCCAACAGCAGACUCCAAUUGCCCCUGACUCUACAACCUACACCUUUCUGUUGCAGUAUCACGGAAAUACGACAGGAAACGCCGAACGAGUGUGGCAAAUUUUGCAGGAGAUGAGCAUCCGAGGGCUUCGCGUCCCCCCUGCUGCCUACGUGCACAUACUCAGAGGCUUUCGGCUACAUGGUGGUUAUGCAUUGUCCGGAUGGAACCAUCCCCAACUCGAGAGAUGCUGGAAGAUGAUUCUCCGGGACUUGGAAAGCGACGAUGCCGAGGCCAUUCUGCGAAGACCCGCAUCGGAGCCGCAACAGGCAGAGGAUUACGACAUGCUUGGUGCGAUGCUGCUGGACGAGUCAUCACAUCGUCGGUUCGAGCCUGUGGAAGCAGAGGGGAGUGCGGGCUCGAGAUAUGCGCCUCCUCCCGGGCAAAAGCGGGUUGCAUUAUCGUAUAGCAUGGCAAUGGAGGCGGUGAGGGCCUUUUAUCAGUGCUGUGGUCGCGAGCGGAUGCAACAAGUGUGGGAGCAGAUUUCAAUGUUGUGGCAUGAUGCGAGUGAAGCCGAGCGAGUGGGAGUGGAGAAUGAGGUGCGACGGAUGGCGAGACAUGCGAGUCGGUAUGAACAAAUGGAUGAAAGGAGGCGGCAUCAGCAGUAGUGUCAAGAUCGAGACGUGUGUUGUUGUUGUUGUUGUUGUUGUUGUUGUAUAGAUGUGAAGAUUGGUGUAAUGAAUGACAUAGCUUACUUCGCAUACCUAGGUACCUCC